AUGACCAACACGCCGCCCCCGAUGCCGCAUUCACCGCCUACCGAGAACGCUACUGGUGCGGCGCUGCGUCCCAACUUGGCAACAUCGCUGCACUUCCCAGCCGGCCAACAGGCCGCAGAGGCAGUUACACAACAUGCCAUGACCAUCACGCCGCCCCUGACGCCGUCGUCACCGCCUGCCAAGAACUCUACUGACGGCCAACAGGCCGCCGAUGCAGUCAAAAACCAUGCUAUGAACAUCACGCCGCCCCCGACGCCGCCGCCACCGCCUGCCGAGAACACUACUGGUGCUGCGCUGCGUCCCAACUUGGCAACAUCUUUGCACUUCCCAGUCGGCCAACAGGCCGCCGAGGCAGUUAUGCACCAUGCUAUGAUCAACACGCCGCCCCCGACUUCGCCGCCCCCAACUGCCGUGAAGGCUCCCGGGGGAUUGAAGCGGUGCAAACCGGCCGUGAUGACACAUCCGCCAGAAAACAAAACGAACACUGAGGCGACAACGAUCACUGAGGCGACAAUGACAGAGGAUCACCCGGAGGAACCACUCCGAUGGCGCCGCCCACGGUCGCUGAGAAAGCGGCUGGCACAGGGCAUUGGUGCUAAACGACGAAUUUGUGGCACUCUCCGGGGGAUCAGCCACCUGCCGAGCUAUUCACAGUCGGCCCGACAACACCUCACGCACGUCAACAAGGGCGUGCCGCCACCGUACGUCACGCACAUCAACAAGAGCGUGCCGCCACCGCACAUCACGCACGUCAACCAGAGCGGCGUGCAGCCACCGCACGUCACACACAGCAACAAGGGCGUGCCGCCACCGCACGUCACGCACGUCAAUAAGGGCGUGCUGCCUCCGCACGUUACGCACGUAAACAAGGGCGUGCCGCCACCGCACGUCAACAAGGGCGUGCCACUCAUGCCAGGCACGCACGUCAAGGGCGUGCCAUUUAUGCCAGCCACGCACGUCACUAAGGGCGUGCCACUCACGCCAGCCACGCACGUCAAGGUCGUGCCACUUAUGCCAGCCACGCACGUCACUAAGGGCGUGCCACUCACGCCAGCCACGCACAUCACCAAGGGCGUGCCACUCACGUCAGCCACGCACGUCACCAAAGGUGUGCCACUCACGCCAGCCACGCACGUCACCAAGGGUGUGCCAAUCACGCCAGCCACGCACGUCGCCAAGGGCGUGCCACUCACGCCAGCUGCGCACGUCACCAAAGGCGUGCCACUCACGCCAGCCGCGCACAUCACCAAGGGUGUGCCACUCACGCCAGCCACGCACGUCACCAAGGGCGUGCCACUCACGCCAGCCGCGCACGUCACCAAGGGUGUGCCACUCACGCCAGCCGCGCACGUCACCAAGGCCACACGCACCGCUGAAGGCGCCACACCAACUCCGCACGCCACGCGUGCCGCUUUGAGCGCGCCGCCUGCUGCUGAAUGUGCCGCGAAGCUACCGCCGCCGCCCACCACGGCCGCCACCAUGGCGACAGGUGCGGCCCACAAAGGCACCACGACGCCGCCACCCACCUCGGCCACAGGAGCGACCCACGUGCACACCACGAUGCCACCGGACAUACCAGGGGGCCACCGCGCGGCGUCGCGGCAGUGGCCAGGGCGCCGGCCGACAGGAGUGGCGGCGACCAAGGUCAGGCAGCUCGUGGCAGGCGGCAGCAAGUGCGGACGGCGCUCGGCACGGCCCGACUUAGCCUCGCCGACAUGUGGGCGCUUCGUGGCCCGUCGUGACAGACGGGUGACAGGUGUCGAAGUCCGGGUGAUGGUCAUGUUCGGUGGGUACUUGACCGGCGUUCGGGUACUACGACGCUCGUCGUCGGAAUCGGGCUUUGUGGCAUCUCGGACGUUCCUGGGGCCGCGUCAGGUGGGCGCGAAGGCGGCGUCAGUAUCGGCGUCGCGCGCAUACGUCUCGUUCGGGCAGGUUUAUCCAGCUGUGCCUCAAAGCCAGGCGGGCACAGGGGAGCAAAUACAGGAGACGUCAGGUCCACAAGAGGUGCCGAGGUUGGCGGCUCUGGGAAAGGAGGUGGCGGGAGUGGAAUUGUCAGCGUCGGUGUCGGGAUAA